AUGGCCGACAACCUACCACAUAAAGUAGCUGAUAUUAACCUGGCAGAAUGGGGUCGAAAAGAGAUAACUUUGGCCGAGAACGACAUGCCAGGUUUAACGUAUAUUCGCGAAAAGUAUAGACCCCAACAGCCUUUGAAGAAUGCGCGUAUUGCCGUGUGCUUCCAGGUGACUGUGCAGACAGCAGUGCUGAUAGAGACACUCUUAGAUCUAGGAGCUUCUGUGCAAUGGGCCAGCAGUAGUCCAUUCAGUACUCAGGACCAUGCUGCAGCUGCAAUGGCAAAACGUGGUGUUGCUGUGUUUGCUUGGAAAGGAGAGUCCGACGAAGAGUACGUAUGGUGUAUUGAACAAACACUUACGUUCCCUAAUGAUAAACCUUUAAAUUUAAUUUUGGAUAACGGCGGUGAUUUAACCAACUUGGUUCAUACGAAGUAUCCCCAAUAUUUAUGUAGCCUCGUGGGAGUGACUGAGGGAACUAGUGUAGGUGUACACAGUUUACACAAGUUGUUGAACGAACAUAAAUUGAAAAUUCCAGCAAUUAACUUGGCUGAUUCAGUAUUAAACUCAAAGUUUUGUCUCUUUUAUGGAGUCUCAGAAAUAUUAUAUCAGGGUAUUAAAUGUGCAGCCGCUGUUAUUAUGUUGGCUGGGAAAGUAUGCGUCCUAGCGGGUUAUGGUAACAUAGGUAAAGGCUGUGCAAAAAUACUACGUUCAUUCGGAGUUCGAAUAAUCAUAACGGAAAUAGAUCCCAUUAAUGCACUGCAAGCGUCUAUGGAAGGCUACCAAGUAACCACGAUGGAGGAAGCCUCGAAAAUAGGAAAUAUUUUUGUUACAGCAACCGGAUGUCCGGAUGUCAUUCGAGGAGAGCACUUCUUGCAUAUGCGCAAUGAUGCCAUCGUGUUGAACAUGGGAUUAUUAGAUCGUGAAGUAGAUGUUGAAUGGUUGAAGAGAAACGCCGUGGAAACCGUGCGAGUAAACCCUCGUGUUGAGAAGUUCAAGUUGUCGAAUGGGCGACAUAUCCUGCUUCUCGCUGAAGGCCGAAUUGCUAACGUGACUUGGGCAAUGAGUUACCCUGCCUUCGUGAUGAGUUACUUACACAGCCUUCAAGUAUUAGCUCAUAUAGAACUUUGGACAAGCCGAAAUAAGUACGAAGUGGGUGUUAAUGUUUUGACGAAAAAGUUAGAUGAAGAGGUUGCUACCUUUCACUUGUGUCACAUGGGUUCCAAAUUGGGGAAGUUAACGCCAGAACAAGCGAAAUAUUUAGCACUUCCUAUUGAAGGACCGUAUAAAUCAGAACAUUAUCGCUAUUAA